AUGCCAUUUCGAAAUGCUUACCCAGGGCACAAUGGCUCUCCUGACUUUCAUAACCAGCGUCACGCCCAGCAGUUAGCUAUUGUUGAUCCCGACUCCGUCGAUUACAGCGGGUGGCAUGAGAUGGACUUUACGACGGCACCCCUCAAUCAUCCCUCCUCCUCCAUCAUGGUCACGACCUCGAGUUCUCAGCAAGCCCAGGUACCAAAAUACGCGUCCAGCAUGGACACUGACAUUGAGUCGCUGGCCUAUCUACGCCCCGGCCAACGACAGAACUCCACAGGCUCUUCUUCUCAUCACCAGACCUCGCUCUCAGGAGACCUCUAUAGCACCGGACCCUUUUCCUACUCGCAGCUUCUCAACAUGGACGCUGACCUAACAUCCAUGGAUCAGUCGAGCCUCAGCAGCUCACGCACCGACACCGACUCCAACAUGAUCAACGACGGCAGUACCAUGACAACCGGCUCACUCUCAGGUGUCGACUCUCUCAACACCUCGCCCCCAGUCGCCACGCUCGAUCCCAUCUCGAUCCAGCUGUCCAAGAGUGACGAAAAGCUGUGUCCCCUGAUCGCAGGCCAGGUCGAUUCCUGCCAGCCGUCAAGAUGUGGCCCGGACGCACCUUGUAUGAAUUUCACCACCCUCCCCCCGAUCGAAGAAUGCACGUCAGUUCCAUGCAUAACACAGUCGUCGCCCAACGAGACCAUGAUCACCAGCGAGAGCGUCGUGUCGCUGCACCAACGACCCAGCCUUGGCUCAAGGUCAAGUACGGGACGACAGUCAGCUGGCCUUCGACGAUCGUCGACCUCGUCCGGCGAAAAUCAGAUACAGUCAGUACCACUGCCGCCUCGAAACUCUUCCAAGACGGCAGCGGCUCGCCGCCAAGCAGCGGCGCGGAACAACAGCAACAAAAAGGUGGCAAGCGUCACCGCGUCGGAGAUUCCCUCCGAAGACGAGGACAACGACGACGUUGAUGAUCAAAUGAACGCGAAGCCGACGGCGCCGUCCAAGGCCGACGCCAAACAGCGCGCAAAGCAGGCCCACUCGCUCGUCGAGCGCAAGUACCGCGAGAACCUGAACGCCAAGAUCGCCCAGCUGCACAACACGCUGCAGUCGUCGCACUAUGGGCCCAGGGCCAACGAGGACGGCGACAGCGACGCGCCCGCCGCCGUUCCCGCCAACAAGGUCCGCAAGAGCGACGUCCUGACCGAGGCCAUGAACUACGUCAAUCAGACCGAGGUCGAGAUGCGACACAUGGAGAACGAGAUCCAACGGCUCGGCGAACGCGUGCGUGUCUUGGAGAAGCUCGUCCGCUGCGAAGACUGCAGUCUGCUAAAACAGAUGGUUAAUCUGCAAGUGCAAGCUGUUUGA